UUUCCUCUUCACUUCCGGGAAACACAAACAUUCAUUCAUCCAAGAUGGCGACGCUGACAGUGAGCCGGGCUCCGCUCAGCGGUUUCAGUUUCGACAAUUGUAAGAGAAAUGCACUUUUGGAAGGUGAAGCCAACAAAGUGGGAAGCAACUUACCUGCUGCUCGUAAAACUGGAACCACCAUCUGUGGUCUUGUCUAUAAGGAUGGCGUCAUCCUUGGUGCUGACACCAGAGCCACAGAGGGCAUGGUGGUGGCAGACAAGAACUGCUCCAAGAUCCACUACAUCUCCCCCAACAUUUACUGUUGUGGAGCAGGAACAGCUGCAGACACAGAGAUGACCACUCAGAUCAUCUCCUCCAACCUGGAGCUGCACUCCCUCUCCACGGGACGGCUGCCUCGCGUGGCCACCGCCAACCGCAUGCUCAAACAGAUGCUCUUCAGGUAUCAGGGCUACAUCGGGGCGGCUCUGGUCCUCGGGGGAGUCGACUGUAACGGUCCUCACCUGUACAGUAUCUACCCGCACGGAUCCACUGACAAGCUGCCCUACGUCACCAUGGGCUCCGGUUCUCUGGCUGCCAUGGCGGUGUUUGAGGACCGCUACAAACCUGACAUGGAGGAGGACGAGGCGAAGAGGAUGGUCCGAGACGCCAUCGCUGCAGGAAUCUUUAAUGACCUGGGCUCUGGCAGCAACAUUGACUUGUGUGUGAUCACCAAGGGCAAGGUGGACUAUAUCAGACCACACGAUGAGGCCAACCAGAAGGGGGUCAGAACUGGCGACUACAAGUACAAGCGAGGAACCACAAGUGUGCUGACGAAGAUGGUGACCCCGCUGUCUCUGGAGGUGGUGGAGGAAUCCAUACAGACGAUGGAUACCUCUUAAAAAACAAUCUGUACUCCAUGUUUCUCAAUGUAACUUCCCCUCUGAGCUCCCGACACUAACGGUGUGUUUUUCCAUGAUUUACAAUAAAAGUGUUUGACUUGA